UCUUUAAUCGUGGUCCUAACUCCUUAGUCCUUACUCCUUACUACUAUAAUAAUAAUUAUUAUAUGAUAUAGAUAGCAUGAUAAAUAAGUAUAUAAUAAAAUAGUAUUAUAAUAUUAUAUUCAUACUUCAUGACGGUCUGUACGAUUGUUAACUUAACUUUAAAAGAUUCUAACGAUUUGUUUCUCUACUAUUAUAAUUUAUAAACAACACUACAUUUGUAUAUAGAAUAGAAAUAAAUACAAAAAUAUAAAAUGACUCAAUCAAUAGAUACAUCUAAAAGAAAACAAUUUGGUAAUAGGUUUUUAAAAAACGACGAUGACGUUUUUAAACACAAUGCUUGGGAUAAUGUGGAAUGGAACGAAGCACAAGAAAUUCAAGCUCUGUCACAAGUAUGUGCCCAUGUAAAAACAAAAAUGCCUUCAGAAAAAGCUGCUGAUUUAGAAGAUAAUGCCGAUGAAUAUUGGAAUAAGUUUUAUUCUGUCCAUCAAGAAAAAUUUUUUAAAAACAGAUGUUGGUUGUUUACGGAGUUUCCUGAAAUAACUUCACUUAAAAAUGAAAAACCAAGUUUUAUAUUAGAAGUGGGAUGUGGUGUUGGAAAUUCGGUCUUCCCUAUAUUAGCACACUGUGUAGACAGCAAUGUACAUGUAUACUGUUGUGAUUUCUCUUCAAAUGCCAUACAAAUCUUAAAAGAAAAUUCAGAAUACAACGAUAAACACUGUACAGCAUUUGUAUGUGAUAUAACUAGUGAUGAAUGGAAUCCACCUUUUGCCUUAGAGAGUUUGGAUGUUAUAUUAUUGGUUUUUGUUCUUUCCGCCGUACAACCCGAAAAAUUAAAACAUGUAGUAGGUCAGUUUUAUAAGUACUUGAAACCAGGAGGUAUGGUAUUGUUUCGCGAUUAUGGUAGAUAUGACAUGGCACAAUUAAGGUUUAAAGAAGGAAGAUGCAUAUCAGAAAAUUAUUAUAGUAGAGGUGAUGGGACGUUGGUACACUUUUUUACUCAAGAUGAUGUUCAACAAUUAUUUUUAGGAGCUGGAUUUGAACAAGUUCAAAAUAUGGUAGAUCGUCGAAUGCAAGUUAAUAGGGGUAAACAGUUAAAAAUGUAUCGUGUUUGGAUUCAAUGUAAAUAUAAGAAACCAAUUUUAUAAUGUAAUUAGAACAUAAUAUAUUAUUUAUAAUAUUUAAAUAAAAUAUGAAUAUAAAAUUGUAUUUUAUACUAAUUCAUAUAUAUUUAAUGUAACAUGCCAGAUGUCAAUGAUUAUUAUCCAUUGCCAUUUAAAAUUUUCAAAAAUAUUUGAAGAUUAGGUAAAGAAAAUUUUAAAUAAUUAAGUAAUAUUGUUUUUUUUUUUACCAUUUUUAUUUUUGCUCUAAUCAUGUUAAACAUUGUAAGUACAAAAAUAUAAUUUCUCAUAAUAAUUUUCAAAAUAUACAAACAUUUAAAUGCUUCAUGAAA